AUGACGGACGCCCUUUCUGGUCUAUCCCCCGAGUCCCGUGCGAUUAUCUCUUCUUAUCAGCAAUGGUCCCGUCUCGCCUAUGAUAGUCUACGCCGCAAUGUCCACUUGGAUGCCAGCAACCAUCAAGUGGGGAAUAUCCUGCAGGAAACUUAUACACGAGAAGAAGUGAAGGCAAUCAUCACAGCUCACACCGCCGUGUUGCUGCACUCAUUGGAUACACAAAUGCCACUAUUCACAUCCACCACCAGUGCGUUAUUAUAUGCCAUCUUGCGGGAUGCCGAUCGGCAACGAACCACAAUUGAAAUUGAUGCCAAUGCCGUCCUCUCAUCUGCCUCUAAUAAUAAUAAUAAUAAUAAUAAUAAUAAUAAUAAUAAUAAUAAUAAUAAUAAUAAUAAUAAUAAUAAUAUGAAUGCUAGUAAUAGUACGCUUACGCCUCUUAGUGCUAUGGCCAACACUGCCACUAUCACUACUGCCGCGGGGAAUGUUAGUAUGAAUGGUGGUUUAUUAGAUGAACAGGCAUCACGAUUACUGAGUGGACCACGUGGCCGCCUCGCACCCCUCACAGUUGCAGAUGCCGCCGGCGCUGCGCAGGUGCAACUCGCAGAGGCAAACGCCGAAGUACGGCGACUGCAGGAGAAACUCCAUCGACUCAGUGAUGAAUACACACGUGUAAUGCAGAACCGCACGACAGAGGCAGAAGAGUUCCGCAACAUGCGGGAUAUACUCGCCUCCGCCACUACUACUACUACAGCAGCAGCAACAGCAACACAGGUGCCGCAGGAUGAGGGUUUACAGCAAACAGUGCAGCAACUGCGGGCAGAAGUGGCCGCGGUUCGACAGGAACUCAACGCGCGGUUGAGUCAAUCCACACAAUAUCAACAGUUGAAGAAAAUAUUGGCUCAGAAGAAUGAGCAGAUUAAGACUAUGCGGUCUAGACUUAUGCAGUACGAUCCGGCCUUCUUAAAUCACGGCGGUGGUGGGGAUGUGGUAGAGGCGGAGGAGAUGGAUCUGUGA